GACCGCACUGGCCGGCUGCACAAGCGCACUUUCGAUGAUCCGCUGCCCAGGUACCUCUUCACGGAUCCCAGGGUGAAGGUGCUGAGGCCACCCGAAGAGGAUGACCUCGGGACCUUGGACAUGCUGGUGCCCACGCUGCGGGCGCUGCGAGCACGGCCGCCCCCGGGCUGCGCGGCCCCGCAGCGCGUCUGGGUGGUGAACGACGACGUGGAGUACGACGCGGGCCUGCUGGAGUCGCUGCUGGCGUGCGCGGCGCGGCACCCGAGUGCCGCGUGCGGGUCGACGGGCGGGCGCGGGUACUACGGCGUGCUGCACAAGGACCUGGCCGGUGGCACCGACGACGAGUUGAGGCGCGUGCAGCCCUUUCUGCGGGCGGGCGGGGAGGUCGAAGUGGAGUGGCUGCAGUCCGUGGGCGGGAUCCUCUACCGCACCGACUUCUUCGCAGAGGACUUCCUCUCCUUCCCGCGGGACGCGGACGAGAGGAUCCUGCUGGAGGCCGACUGGUGGUUUGCCGGCUACCUCCGCGCGCGGGGCGUGAGUCUGCUGCACCUUCCGGUGCUCCGGCCAUGGUGGCGCGCGCUGAGGUCCUCGGUCGUGAACGCCCUCUCUCGUGGCGGCGGACGGGCCACAACCCAGCCAAGGACCAGGCCAUCCUGUAUUUCGCCCGGCGCUUCGGCAUCUGGAGUGCACGGGGCCCGCCGUCUGGGAGGACGAGUCCUGCCAGAGGGACAUCGCCCACGACUCCACAGCGCUCUCGGGCGCCAGGGGGCGCCAGGCGGUGAGGUCCUCCCGGGCGGUCAGACACGAUAG